AUGUCUGUUUCAACGUUCGUAUUAGUUCCUGGCGCUUGGCAUUCAUCAUCAUGCUGGCAACGUGUUGUUCCAUUACUUCAAGCACAUGGUCACCGCGUCAUUACAAUGGACCUUCUUGGAACAGGUAAUGAUCAUACUCCUCUCUCACAAGUCAAACUGGUUACUUGGGUAAAUCAAGUGGUUGAUCUCAUUAAAGAGCAAGAAACGCCGGUGAUUCUGGUUGGUCAUAGUCGUGGUGGUAUUAUCAUUAGCGAAGUUGCCCAGAGAGUGCCUGAGAACAUCAAGCUUCUCAUCUAUUUGGCGGCAUUUAUGAUACCGUCUGGCGAAACCGUUUCAAGCACUGUACUCGAACGGAAGAAUGAAGAUUCCUUUGUAUACCAUACCAACGGCACAUUUACUAUCAAAACAGAUAAAAUGGUACCUGUCUUAUACAACACUACAUCAUCCGAAUGGAUAGAACGCAUACCGAGUAUGUUGUCACCAGAGCCGUUAAACAUCUUCUCUACACCACUACAACUUACUGACGAUCGCUAUGGACGUGUGCCGCGUGCCUAUAUUGAGUGCACUCAAGAUAAUGCUAUUUCACUCACAUUGCAACGUCUCAUGCGUGAUAAAUUACCCUGCAAGUAUGUCGUUACGAUAAAUGCAGAUCAUUCGCCAUUCUUCUCAGCACCAUCUGAACUGGCAACUGGUUUGCUCGACCUUGCAGCAAAAGAUUAA